AUGGCAUUUUGGAAUACAUCACUGUCACAAUCUUCAUCAACUGAUCCAACACAAUCAGCAAUCACCCAAAGAGCGUCUCCAGAAUCAACAAAAUUGAGACUUGAAAUUCAAAAUCAAAUAAGUCAAGAAUUAGCAACAGUUAAUGCUACAGAAUUAGUAAGAACAAUAACUGAAAAUUGUUUUGAUAAAUGUAUUAUUGGUAUACCUAAGAAUGUUUUAGAUGCACAAGAUAACAUAUGUAUAAAUCAAUGUAGAGAAAAAUAUAUGAGGUCAUGGAAUGUCAUAUCAAGAGCUUAUAUUACAAGAAUUCAAGAACUGCUGGGCCAUUUUUAA